AUGUCGUUUUAUAUUUUUUUUAAGAAGCGCGCGUCUCGGAGGGAAAAUGAAAUCCCCAAAUUUUUUAAACCCCCACUUUCUUCUCCCUCGUCUCCACCCCUCAUCCACAUCCACUACCUCCGAUCCUCAUUUGCUCUUCUAGCCUCAAACUACGGUGAUGCACCUUCCUUCUUGAAGAAUUCUUUAUUUAACACCAUCGUCCGAUUAUGUGAGCCCAAGGAAUUGACCAAGACGAAGAAGAUUAUGGAUCAAUUGCUUCACAUCAUGUUUAAGAUCUUCAGUGGAUAUUUAGGGCUAACAAAGAAAACUGAAGCAUUUAAUGAGAUUGAUAUUGGUGGUGAGGCAAGUAUAUCUGCACUAUGGGAGAGAUAUCAAAGUGUCUCUGAAAAGGGACUAAACUUUGUCAUUUUUAGCAGCAAACUUUAUCAACCAACAAAAAGAGAUGAGGUUGCAGAAAUUACUGCUGCUAAAAAAGAGGAGGUACGACAAGAUAAAGAGGAGAGUAAGCUGAGUAGGGGAAAUCCAUCAAGUUCAUCAAGGCCAGCUCUUGAAUUACCACAGAGGAGAUCGACUAGGCUUAGAGCAAUAGUUGCAAGAGAUGAGUUCAGAAGAAAAAGAAACAAGGCUGCAACUAUAGUUCAGGUUGAUCUUGAAUAA